AUGCAUGAUUAUGAAGAAGAAAAUUCAGAUGAAAAGACAAAAAUCAUUUCACCAGAUAAAUUAUCAAAACCUCUUAAUCCCUUUGAUAUUCCAGUUAGACAUAAAAUAGCUCUUCCGAAGCAUUACAAAUCAAGUAUAACGGAAUAUAGGAGUGCACUUGAUAUUGAUCCAAAGCAAGGUUUAUUUUUUUAUCUAAAAAUUCCUUCUCUUAUUUUUUCGGCUGUACUUUCAGGAUACCUUUUAGGAAAGUUUAACUUUAGUUUUAUUUACAUUUUGUUCGUAGGCUACACUGUUUAUUUUAUUUAUAAAAGAAAAAUUAAUAAAUUUACAAACAGUUUAAAAUCACUAAUUAAUGACAGUACUAGAAGAGAAAAAUCAAGAUAUACCGGUGAGACAGUUGAGUGGAUGAAUUAUAUUUUAAGUAAAUUUUGGAAAGUAGCUGAGCCUGUCAUAUCUUCAGAUAUUUAUCAAAAUGUAAAUAGAGAACUUUUAAAAGUGUGUCCACCAUUUUUAAAUAAUUUAAAGUUAACAGAAUUUACUUUAGGGAGUAGAGCACCUAUAAUUGAACAAGUAACAUAUCAUUCUAGUAAAGAUGAUGGUGUUACACUGGAUGUUUCGGUUUCUUUUGUACCAUUGGAAGCCAGUAAAGAUGCAGUGGAAUAUUUUCUAGGAGAAGAUAAACAGUGGAAUUCCAAAAUAAUUUUAAAGGCAAGAUUUGGUACUAGAAAUAAUAUAGGGAUUAAUUUACCUAUUUUAGUUAAAGAAGUAGGAUUUAAAGGUAGAGUUAGAGCUACAAUAAAUUUAAUACCUAAAAAUAAUUUUAUAAAGGAUGUAGAAGUUUGUUUGAUGGAGAUACCACAGUUUGAUUUUACUUUAGUUCCUCUGAAAACUGUAGAUAUAAUGGAUAUUCCAGGAUUAAGUACAUGGAUUAAAAAAACUAUUGUAAAUGAAAUGUCUAAAAUUGUAAUAAAUCCCAAUUCUAUAACAAUUGAUAUUGAUAAAAUAGCACAAUCUACAGGAUAUGAUAUAGGUGUAGCAUGUAUACAGAUAUUAUCUCUAGAGAAUGAAGAAGAUGAAAAAUUUACUGGAGAAAUAGAUUUGGAUGGAGUGCCUUUAUUCCAGACAUCAUCUAAAACAGGUCAUAAUUUAGUAUUUAAUGAAUAUUUUUAUACUAUAAUUCAGAAUGUAGAUGAAAAGAUUGGUAUUAGUUUCUUUGGGGAUUCUAGAGCAUCAGGUUCUUUAUUCUUAAGGAAUGUACAUACUGAAGAACCACAAGAAGAUGUAGAAACUGUUAUUAAAUUAGAAAAGGCCAUAGUUAAAAAUACACCAAAAACAAAGAUUAAAUCCAGAAGAUGUAUUUUUGAUAAAAUAAGACUUAUUAGAGAUGAACAAACGUAUGCAUAUCUUAAUACUAAUCUUGUAUUUUAUCCUAUUUCUAAACAUUUAAAAAAGACGAAUAGUGCCAUUGUUACAUUAAAACUUAUAGGCAUAGAAAACAUGCUGGGAUUGAAUGAUGAAAAAAGUGAAAUUUAUUCAAGUUAUUGCACUGUAAUAAUAUCUCCAUUACAUAGAGAUCAAGGAUCUAUACCAUUAGAUUAUAUAAAAAAUACAUCGAGUGCGGCAGCACUUGUAGUAUCAGGAGUAUUAAAAGCUGAAGAGGAAGAAAUUAAUAAUAUAUCAACAGGUAAUGAAUCUACAUCUACUAGGCUUCUUCCUCCUUCUGGAAGUACUUUUUAUAUUUUUGAAUCAAAAAGAGUUUUUAAUAAUAACUCUCCUAAUUACAAUGAGACUUUUAAAUUCUUUUCUAGAGAUUUAUCAGUUGAUGUAGUAUCAAUUUGUAUUAUAAAUGAUCGUAAUUCUGAGAUAAUUGGAAGAAUAGGACUGGGAUUGAAGGAUGUUAUAGAAGGAAAACCAAUAAAAUAUAAAUUAAAAGAUGCUAGAUGUGGAAAACUUGAAACACAAAUUAAUUUUCAAUAUGUGGAUUUAGAAGAUAAAAUUGAAGAAAUAGUAAAAUAUACAUCUAUACAGAAAAUAACAGUUGAAACAGUAAGCGAAAAAGGUAUUUUUUAUGGUGUUGUAGAAACCAAUUCUGAUAUUUUUACUAUGGAUCCAUUCACCUCUUCACUGCCGAUACGAAAGAGUAUUUUUGUACCUGUUCAUGAUGAUGACAAAUGUAUAUUUAGACUUUAUAAGGAAACAAGUAACGGAGACGUAUUUCUAGGUGAGGAAAAUUUGAAAAUUAAUUAUACAGAAGAAUCUACUAGAACAGCUUUAAUUUUACAAGAUGAUAUUUCUGUUACUUUAAGAAUUGAAGGAGAAUUUUUAGAAGAUUACAAAGGAAGUAAGUCUAUGAAAGAUAACUUAAAACUAUUACAAAUAAAGUUAGGUACAUUUUAUGGAUUAAAUGAAGAAGUUUUUGUAGAAUUUAGAAAUAGAGAUGGAAUAGUAAAAGCUUCUUCUUUCAGUAAGAAUCAACAAAUUAAUAACAUAUUUACAAUUUUAACAGGAAAUGAAGAUUUGUACGCACUUAUAAAAAAUGCAGAUCAGGGAGAAAAUCGUGUUUUAGGACGAUUUACUGUUCCAUAUAGAUUUGCAGACGAAAAAAUGGUCCUUAAUGAAUAUGGUCUUGAAGUUGAUAUAAAAGUUGAGAUACAAACCUGUAAAUAUACACCACCUUCAAAUCUAAAAAAAGGAUUUUUAGAAAUUUAUAUAAAAUCAGCAAAAGAUUUAAAAUCAUCAGAACGUGGAAUAGUGAAUGCAUAUGUUAAAAUUUUAGUAAAUGAUAAUAACGUAUUUAAAACUAAACCGUCUAUUGAAAGUAAUAAUCCAACAUUUUAUGAAUCAUUUGUAAUGCCUGUUGAUAAAAUCCGUGAUGUAUUUACAAUACAAGUGUAUGAUCAAUAUUCAAGCUCUAAAAAUGCCCUUUUAUCAUUUGUUGAAUUUCCAUUGCAUAAUAUUAAUGAAGGAUUUAGUGAAGUAGAUUUUAAGUUAAUUGAUUCUAAGAGUUUUAAACACAAUAAAUCUACUAUAAGGAUAGGAUUUAAUUUUUGUAGGGACACCAGUACAUUAAAAAUAAAAAAGAAAGGAAUUUUAGGCAAUUUUUUCGGAUUUUGA